CAGUGCAGCCGCCAACGAUGGCGGCGUUAAGUGGGGCAGGUGCUGGUGGAGGUGGCGGAGAGGCAGGUGUCCUGGACUAGCUCGACGGAUCUAAGGUCCCGGGCACUGGAACCCCUCGCCAAGGCGUGACGGUCAUCCCAAAAGACGGAGCCCAGGUCAUAGAAAACUGGAACUGGCUGGAAUGUUAAAGACAGUAGGAGGAUAAGACUGCUUGGGCAGAGGUGGUGGUGGUGAUGGUUGGAGAGUUUUCAUCCUUCUGUAAGCUGUCACCAUGACCCUGACAAAAGGUUCCUUCACCUACUCCAGUGGGGAGGAAUAUCGUGGCGAGUGGAAGGAGGGCCGCAGACAUGGUUUUGGUCAACUGAUAUUUGCAGAUGGCGGCACCUACCUGGGUCAUUUUGAGAAUGGGCUCUUCAAUGGCUUUGGGGUACUGACCUUCUCAGAUGGCUCAAGGUAUGAGGGGGAGUUUGCCCAGGGCAAGUUCAAUGGCGUUGGAGUGUUCGUUCGACAUGACAACAUGACCUUUGAGGGCGAAUUUAAAAAUGGCAGAGUAGAUGGUUUUGGCCUGCUGACUUUCCCCGAUGGGUCCCAUGGAAUACCCCGAAAUGAAGGUCUGUUUGAGAACAACAAGCUGCUGCGGCGUGAGAAGUGCUCUGGGGUCGUUCAGCGGGCCCAGACCGCCUCCAAGUCAGCCAGGAAUCUCACCGCCUGACAAGGGUUGGGUAAAGCAGUGCCGUUAUUCACUCGAGGUGAACAAUGAACCGGAUGUGAGAGGAGAUGGGAUGAUCUUGGAGCAGAAGCCUCGUGCUGUGCCCCCUCACCCGCCAGUCAGGGAGGGAUGCGACCACAGAGAAGUUCUGAGGACUCAGGCCCAGGCCCUGCGGUGGUGGUGCCAGGUCUGUCUCUCCUUUGUCUCACUUGUUGGCAUUCUGUGUCCCGUGAUAACAUCCUGGGUCACCCAGUGCAGACCUGCCGCUGCCUUCGACUUCCUUCUCUGCCAAGUGAUACAGGAUCUCUCCACCCUGCUGAUGUUCGGGGCAGAUGAUCCUAGCCCCAAACCAGGGCCAGGGCUUUGGGCUACCCUGGAGAAAUAAACAGACAGAGACUGCCUAGAUAGUGCAGCCAUCCUGUGGAAGUCCAGACCGGGGCUUUUCUGUGUGGGACUCCCUCGCUUGCUGCUGAAGGGCGGCAUGGCUCCAGGCUGCACUUUGACCAGAUGGGUGUUCGUGUCUGCCUGUUCCUGCUGUGAAAGAUUAGGUGCAAGUGCCAUUUCCCUUCCCCGACUUUCCAGGCUGUCUUCCUUACCUGAUUUUAGCAGAUGCUCCCCACUGUGCCUCUCAUUACUUGUGGGACAGGAUCUCUUUAUGGGAUAGUCAAGGAAGAAACCGAUGCAAACAGUUAUCUUUAAAAUUGUAUUUAUUACUUAUUCCAAGGCAAAAGGCAGGCCUCUCAGGGCCACUUCAGGCCCCAUCGUGGGGUGAACUGAAUCCUUAGGGCUGACUCAGCUUUGUCCCAGUGGACUGGUAGUGUAGGUAGAUCUGGACCUGCCCUAAAAGUGUGUGAACUGAACAGGUCUGGCUCCUUGCGUUUGGGUCACUGUAACUCUUCCACCGUGAGCCUUGGCCAUCGGACCUGGGGGCAGAUCUUGAUGGAUAGGAUCCUGCACAGGUCAUCACAGAGGCCACCAGUUACCCUGUGAUCCAGUCCCGCCCCCAACCGCUUACCCUCACACUGAAUGUCUCCUCAACAGCAGAUUGUGGUGGAAAUUAUAGCCGUGUGCCUCUGUUUAUUCUCUGAAUUGUACUGUAGAAACAAGUGUUUAUGAGGAAUAAACAAAUCACCAGAACUGCCCA